UUUGUGGUUUUUUACUUAACUGAGGACGUGCAUGCUCUGCUGCUUAGUUCUCAGUGGUUUGAGGCGGCAGCAGCGAUGGCAGACACCAUGUCUUCUCUUCCGCUGCAGCAACUUAUCGCAACUAUCAACACCAGGCGAUUACCCGUUGUUCUCCAGGUCUGCUCUGGCAUCUACUUCCAAGAAAGAGCUUAAUGAAAACGAUUCUUGUUGUACCACUGCGGUGGGGUGAUCUCCGCGGCUCUCCCAGGGUCGGUGUAUGAGCUAUCGGGGAGUGAGGUGUGCUUCUCAACGGGAGACCUGGUGAAGGUCACCGGCCUAACGCUCAUAUCUGUCACCUGUGAAGACACCAUCAGCGGACAGAUAUCCGAGUUGCCACUCAAUCCUAAAGGCUUGUUCAAGCAGUUCCCAGAAGGCCGGCGCUACCAAUCACUGAAGGACAUGUUCGGUGCGAGGUCUCAGGGGACAGGGAACCCCGGCCUGCCGUUCUCCUUCAUCAGCCGCUGUGAGCUGACCGUGGGCGACCUGGUGAUGGGUCCCGGGACGGUGAUGGUGGCUCACUCGGUGGAGGCGCCCAGGGGGGAGGGAGGCACGGGGAGGAUGCUGUGCCGAAUGAGCGGCUCCCAGGGGGGCUCCGUGAGGUUGGUCCUACCGUUCAGCUGCCAGGGGGAGUUCUACGAGUGCUUCUCCCUGCAGGAGAUCAUGUCCGGGGCCGAGCUGUGCAGAGGCCUCUUCUGCAGUGUGGACACCAUCGUGGGGGCGGAGCGACCCCUGAUCUUCCGCCCCGUGUACGAGGUGGAGGCCCGCAUGCACCUGCGCAAGGACACGGUGAGGUUCCCCUCCAGUCUGGAGGUGGAUGUGGUGGAGGUGACAGACCAGCCGGACGACAUGGCCUUCAUCACCCCGCUCACCCUGGACGAGCUCCUCACCCUGCCCGACGACACCUUCCCCGCCACCGCCCGAAUCGUGGAGACCCCGACAGUGGAUCAUCUGGUGCAUUCCGGCUGGGUGGAAGAGCUCCGCGGGGACCAGGAGCUGAUCCUGCACGGCAAGGGCUCCGUCAGCAUGGCCCUGUUCUCCAGCGCCCGCAGGAUCAAGCGGCAGUACUUCCUGGUGUCUGAGGGCUACGGGGGCCGGUUUCGCAGGAGGCCCCGGGAGUUCCUGUCCGUGUUCGAGGUGUACGUGGCGUCCACCCAGGCGCCGGGCCUCAGGGUCACCGUGACGCGGUCCGUCCAGGAGGCCGAGGACGACGUGAGCGGCCUGGUCGUGGGGGAGGAGCUGGAGGUCGUUGGCCACCGCAUAGGAGCUCAGGAGGCGCAGCAGUCGAAUCCCAAGCAGAGCGCCGACGUGCUCAUCUGUCGGCGCAUCGAGGAGCUCAGCGAUGACGAGGAGGAGGCAGAGGGCGGUGCUGCUGCUGCUGCUGCUAUUCUGGAGCUGCCGCUGCACUGGCACGGCUUCUUCAGAGAGGUGAUUUCCAACAAUAAGAAGUACAAGAUCAAGGACUUGUGCCAGCAGAUCUCUCUGCCGCUGAACGUCAAGGUAGUGAGCCGAGAUGCCGACCUGGCGGCCGAUCCUCUGUACGGGAUCUCCUCCCUUCGCCUGGAGUGCGUCACCGUGGAGACCUUCAUCCAGGCCAGCUUCCCGACCAGCCCCGAAUACUGCUUCACCAUCCCCAUCCGCUGUCUCUCCAUGGUCGUCUAUUUUACCCAGGAAUCCCUGCCUUGGCCCAGAGACGAGCCGCCCGUUGUUCAUGUGGAAGUGGUCACCGAGGUUACAGAGUCUUUCUACCUGGAGAAAUGCAGGCUCAUAUAUUCCCAGCAGCCGCCCCCACCAAGACCACCAAAGCACAAUUUGUCGUUGGCUGUUAAAGUAACGCCAAAACCUUGCAUCCGAGAGCCUCUUGCAGACUCUCAUCCAGCUCGGUCAGCGAAUGGCAGUGAGCCCGAGGAAGGAUUAAGGAGGCAAAGUGUCCCCUGCAAAGCGAAAGUGCCUCUCCCACUGCCUAAGGGGCCACGGAAACCAGCCCUCCCCUCUCCGAAGACCUCUUGCAAACCCCAGCAGUCCGUCCAGCCGAAAGGUAACCCCUAUGAGGCAUGCCGCAUAACUCAAGGUGAGGUCCAGUCUGAAGACAGUGACCAUGACUACGAGUCUGCAGACUUGAUCGACACGAUCAAGAAAAUGCAAGAGUUUGUUUCGUAUUGAGCAGCAGGCUCAAUGCGCGUUGAUUUGCAUCAGGCCGUGAAAAUAAGUUAUUCCCCUGAGCUCUGCAGGAAAUUAUUUAUUCAGCUUCCUGUCGAAUGCUGACUGCUACGAAUGUACAUGAACUUCACAUUUAGUAUUGAAUCUGUUGCUUCUGAAAUAAAAUGAAGCUCGUAAAAAGCAAAAAUGAAUCUGGGUAUCAACGCUUUCUGAACCGAAGCCCAGUUUUGAUGUAUGAAAGUAAUAAAAGAUACAAAUAAAGAUUGUUUUAAGCAUUU